AUGGAGACUCCAUUUUUAUUCUUAUCUCUCUUUCUCUUCUCAGCCUGGCUUUGCGAGGCAGCUCAGACACCCCCCGCGGUGCUCGAUACCGACGGGAAGGCCGUCAAAGGCGGUGUGAAGUACUACGUUGUCCCAGUGCAGCCGAAACAGGGAGGAGGGCUCGAUCUAGCCUCCACCGGCAACGAGACCUGCCCGAAGAGCGUGGUCCAAGUCGCCCCAAAAGUGGCGGGCAACUCGGUAUCGUUCUUCCCCGCUGUGAACCCAAACGGCGCAGUUCGCAAUGGGACAGAUCUCAACGUCGUGUUCUCUGGCUCAAACACAGGAUGCCCGGAGUCUACUGUCUGGCAAAUCGCACACGAUGCGGAAAACGUUGACGUUGUUCAGUACGUGUUGAGCGGUGGAGAUAAGGGAAACCCGAGCUCUUCCACGGCGAGAAGCUGGUUCAUGAUUAUGAAGACCAAGAAUGGUUACAAGUUUAAGUUUUGUCCGGUGUCGUUGUGCGACUGCAACCCUGUUUGCCUAGAUAUUGGCAUUAAGGUCGAGAACAGACACAGGCGUUUGGUACUAGGCAAUUCCCUUCCCCUUUUGGAGGUCAACUUUAAGAAGGCUUAA